CUCGUAUAUUCCUAUCAAUUCAACUGUGUCGAUCGACACCAUGUCUAAGCCCAGCCCUGGUCGAUAUGUUAUCUAUCAUCGCAUCCAAAGCUCAUCCGGCGAAAGGCUCGCUAUCACUUACAACGGGCAGAACGGGUACCCUACUGUCAACCCCCUGACGUACGAGGACAACCAAAUCUGGAUCAUCCAGAAUUACAACGACACUACCCAGUCCAUCUCACCGGCAUCGAACUCUAACCUCCAGUGUGGCUGGGGAGAUAACGCCGUAAUCGUGCUUCCGCCGCAAGCCUACGUCUGGAUCAUCAGGAAUAACGCUUCAGGUUAUACCAUCCAGGACGGCGGCCAGACGGUUUACUGGGGUCUCGAUGAAGCGGAGGAAAAACAGAAUGUUACGAUUAAACAGGGCGAAGGUGGCAUUUUUCAGAGCUGGAUCCUCAAACAAGUGUGAUAGAUCAGACUAGCUGGCUCAAUGUAACGGAAUUAUUUUGGUUUAUUCUAUGCUCUACUUUGUUUCUAAGAUGUAUUAGUAGCCCAUAUGGCGCGCUCUGUUCGAUAUUCUGCUUUGUUUAUGAAAAUGCCCCGCAGUAGAUUACUUGUUGCUUUGGUCUUACGACGUAUAUAGACACGCUGUAUCGUAGAUUACCUCCUUACGAGGUUGCAAC